AUGAUCAGACGGCCCCCAACCAUCAUUGCCCUGGAGGAAAAGGAUGUUGAAUCUCACCUCCAGCGGAUCUAUAUCCGUCAUACCCUGACUGUCGAAUUCGAGCAGCUGCACCUAGAGAGCUGCGACGAAACGGACCCAUAUCCUAGCUCCUGUAUCUCUACGGAUUCGGAUGUGGAUAUUGAUACCACAGGGCUGAGUCAAGACGGGUCAUGUUUUGAAUCUACAUCUCCAAGAAACAAGAGCCAUGCUUCUGCAGAUGCAAUUCAACACACUUCCGUGACAAAGUCAUGCCUCAGAUCUCCAACCCAACACUCGUCGGUACAAGUGACAAUUCCCAUCGGAGUGUACUCGCAAGCAGACCGAUUUGUUGACCCACCGCGACUGAAGGUGAAAUUUGCUCUGUCACCGCAGGCCUGCGAACUCGAGCUCCAUAGCGAUAAGGCAUUUGAAGAAGAGAUGGAUCGUCGCGGAGAAAACCACCGCCCAAGCCACACAGAUGCUAUAUAUACACCCAUGUCCAUUGACUCGCCAGCCUCGACGCCGCAGGUUUCAUUCUUGUCGUGCGGUGUGUCGUCAAGUCCGGCCACCGCAAGUGUCCCACCCCGGGACCUAACCUUAGCGUCCACUAUGUCUUACGAGGCAGUCUUGGCCGAUGAAGCAGUUUCGCCUGCCAGUGCGGCCAAUAGCAUCAGCGAGGACUGUGGCUCUCACACUAAAAUCGCCAUAUAG